ACCAAUAUGGAAGACAGCGUUACGACAGGUGUCAGCUGAGACUUGAGUGUGAAAACAAAACUUUUUGGAAGUGGUGUAGUUUUAUGUCCGCUGUCUGUUGCAUGGGUUUAAGCAUUGGUUUCAAAAGGAGUAUACAAAUCCCAACAUGGAAGUGAAUUUCUGACUGGACCAGUUAUAAUGCUUAUAGUUUUGUAAAAUGAUGGACACCGGUCAAUUGGUACUUAAAGACCCUCCAAAGAGAGCACCUUCUCUUGGGAGCCCCACUCACACUGCAGUGACUUUGACCCAUGUCAGUAACAUCAACGGCAUCUCACCACCUCCAGCACAUCCUCGUUACAGCGACCGUGCACCAGACUCAACAAUGUUUCCAAUAACAGCUGUGAUACCAACAGAACCUAAAAAAAUGGUGACUAUCAACAAUAACAAUACAGAAACUGGUGUAAAAAGUGAAUUUCUCCCACAAAUCUCCAAACCUCCAUGUCCUCAGGGAGAUCCACCCACCGCCCUGGGUGGUCAUGUUACAACCAAUGGCAUUGCUGGACAGAGUCAAAGGCCUGACAAUGAGACCAGCUACAUCAACAGUGACACGACCGAGCUGAGACAGGCCAACGUGCGCGCUCGUGGGGAGCUGCGACAUGCCAUGUCCGAGAUCCUUCCCAAUGAGCCUGUACGAAGGCGCAGUCAGACAAUGGCCAAUGCGAAAGAACAUGCCUUCUCUCGUUUACAAGAGGAACUACAGAAGGCCCAGGAAGAACUGAAAUUGAGGGAUGAGGAAUGUGAGAAGCUUCUGAAGGUGAGAGACCAGAUGGGUGAAGAGCUGGAAGAACUCACUGCUUGUCUAUUUGAGGAAGCAAACAAUAUGGUUCAAGAAGCCAAUUUAAAACGGAUGCAUUCUGAGAAACUGCUGAAAGAGGCUACAGAAAAGAUCGAGGUACUGGAGGCAGAGGUUGUGGCCCUGAAACAGCUUGUCCUAACAUCAACACCAAGCUCCCCGAACAAACACUUGCACCCCCAGAUAGACACGGUCAAACCGGAGGCUGCUAAGAAGGAAAAGGAGAAGACUAUCAAACCAUUUUGGAAGACACAUCGGCGGUCCACCAGUCACCAUGAAUUUACUCGUGAAGCCAGACAGGAAGUUCAGGCCCAGCAGGAGGCCAAAAAUGACCGCUGUAGUGAUAUUGAUCCUGUAUUCUUUGAGGAGUUUGUCAUGUGGAGGAAGAAACCACGCCUGUCCAAGGACACAGGCUUCCUAUCAAGGAUGUACUCGGAGGACAUCAGCCCCUGUCUCAACUUCACUAAUAAACAGUUGUCCGAAAAAGUGAAAGACUGUGUGGAAAACAAUACACUGACGAUCGAACCCAUUCCAGGUGACAGCUCCUACCCAAGGAGAUGUUGUCUAACAGAAAACAACAGGCUGUGUAACUACAAAAUCAAACUGGGAGAAGAUAUCAUCUGGUACUCCAUAUCUCAGCUGUGUCGAAAUAGGAUUGCCUCUGUUUGUGAUUUUUAUACCUACAUCAGAUAUAUACAUCAAGGACUCGUUAAAAGUGAAGAUAAAGAAGCAUUUUAUGAAAUUUCACGACUACGGAAGCAGAUGGCCCUUGCACGGCUGGGCUACUCAAGAUCCUAGUCCUGAUUUUUAUAUAGCAGUUGAUACUUGCCAGUCAUUUACGGAUGUGUGUUUGUGCUUAUAAAAGUAAAACUUUUAGAGUGAGUGGUUAUAACUAGUGGACAACAUUGCUCUUAUAGAAUUCAAUAGAUUUUAAGUAUGUAUUCCUGUUCUAGAUUGGGAUGAAUGUCAUUAGAAACAAUUUGGACUACAGGACAUGUCUCUUAUAACGGAUUACAGGACAUGUCUCUUAUAACGGACUACAGGACAUGUCUCUUAUAACGGACUACAGGGCCAUGUCUCUUCUAAUGAUUUUACACAAAAUUUUCCCUAUUGCAUGUAUUAGGGGAGAUAACUCUGAUUUCUACAUCUAAAUAUUGGCUGUAAAACUCAAGUCCCUCUACCAUCACAUUUAAAGUUCCUGAUACAGCAGAUCAAUUCUCAUAUUUUAUCGGUCACAAUCUACAGUUGUUAUUUGAUACAUUAGUUUUUGAACCAGUUUUAUUAUUUUUGAUUGUGUGUAUGUUAGACAUGUAUAUGAGUGUGUUAGAGUAGUCGGCAGAAUUAUUUAAACUUGUGAGAAAUAUAUUAUUAAUCAGAAUUUAGUCUGGAUAUGCAGUGCUAUAAAUUCCAGGAUUUUAAAUCAGCUCCCAUUUGUUUGUACAAAUGUGUGUAGUUAAAGGGAGAUGAUUUGUAAAUACAUGUUGUACAUAUACUUUUAGAUUUUCUAUAUUGGUGUGUGAGGUCUGUGAUGGACAUGUUUGUAGUUUAACUGUAGACUACAAACACCAGAGGUAUCAAAAUACCACUUCAUGUUUAUAUAAUGAUAGAAAUCUGUCUCUAAAUCAAAAUACUGUGUAGCAGAUGUCAAAAGCUGUAAAAGAACCUUGAUUUGUCUGAAAAAUAGAAUAACCAUUUAUAACUGAAUUAUGUUUAUAGAAUUUCAUUGUAUCACAGGUGAAGAAUCCUAUAAAACACUGUAAUUUCCUGUGUAUUGCCCCCGGACUAUACAAUUUAAAACAUAAAAAAUGUCUUCUUUGGGCUUUCUGUUGAAGUGGGCUACCUGUUAAAAUGUUUUCCAAAAACCUUAAAAACUGUGGUCUAUAACAUACUUGUCAAAUCCAAAUGUUUGUGUUUCCCUAUCAGGUGCCAACAUUGCUGCAUGUUCACAUGCAAAAUAGGAAUGGUACAUUUACCUUUAUAUGAAUAUAUCGAGUUGAAAUAACUGUCAAGUAUAUCUAGAGAUAUGUUAUUAACACUGUUCACAUGUCAAACCAAUACAGGUUAACUGCGAGAGCUAAACACGUAUAGUGUGGAAUUUCUGUCAUAGUGAGAACUCGAUUAUGUAGCGAUAGCUCGCGGGCAGUACACUGGAGCUAUAUACAUGUAUAUGCAGACUUUAAAGUAUAAAACCAUUAUGUCGGCUUGUGAGGGCUAUCUUAUGGAGCAGACAAUGCACGGGAAAUUAUGGUAUUUAUAGGUAUUAUUGCUUGCUGAUACAACUAUUGAUGUGUGCCAUUAAACAUUAAUAGAAAUUUUCUUGAAAUUCUGUGAUUUUAAAGUUUCUCAUAGAAUAAUCUACUAUGUUAUAUUAUUGUCGGUAAUUGACCACUUUUUCACUAGAUUCUAUGGGUGUGAGUUUGAUACUGCCUCCCGUGUCUGUGUGACAGAUAUGUAGGUUUCUAUAGAGAUGAAAUACUCAUGCAUGUCAUGUACAGAGUAUUUGUUGAAGUGUACAUACAAACAUUUAUAUCGAUAUAUGUAUAUGUGUUGACAUUUUUAACCUCCAGUGUUUUUAAAGUAACAUUUUCUGCAUACUUCAAACUUUACAGAAAUGAAUUUUAUGAAUUAGUUUCCACUGCCAAUAGACAAAUCUUUUGAAUGAGAAUUUUUUUUUUAAGUAACUAUAUCCUGAAGGGGUCACGCCUGGUCUGAAGUUAUACUCCACCAACACCCAAAAUGUCAGCUUAAUGGCUGUAAGUUAUCAGGUAGCUACUAUCAAAUUGCACUCAUCAAGCACUGGAAAAUAUCAGCUUAAUUGGUUAGCUGACUAAACAGUAAUUUGUCUAAAUGAAUCGAUGUUACAGGUUACCAUAACAACAUGAAGUAGGCCCUUGGUUUUUCUUUUACCAGUAGUAUUUAUAAUUCAUUUCUAUUGGAAAUGUGUAGCUUUCAUUGAUAGAUUUUAUUUAAUAUUAAUGGCAUUUUGAUUUAGGAUCAGUCUUCGAAAUUCUUCUAACUGCACCAUAUUUCAGAAGCAUUAAAUGUUCCUUAAACUUCAGAAAAACAUGGUCAAAUGGUUCCUUGUUUGCUUAUAUUAACUGACCUCCUUAUGAAACUCCACCUGUAAGUUACACAUGUAUAUAAGUCACAAAAUCUUUUUAUCUUAACUGACAUGACAGGUCUAUAAAUUUGUAUAUUUUGUAAUUAGAAUCGUUUAUUUGAUAUAAUCUUCAUAUAUAAUCAAAUCACAUGUAUGGCCCACUGAUGCAAUGAGUUUGAAAUAGUGACUACAAAGUGCAAUAUUUGUCCAGCUGUAUAGUUCUGGUGUUGACCGUAUUAACAGGAUUUGUUCAGGAGGUGACCACCAUAGGUAUGAAAUCAUACACACAAGCUCUUCAUCUUUAUAGAUGCAUUAAAUAAAUAGAUGCAUUAAAGAAACGUUUGACUGCAGGUUCAGUUACAAGAGGAACAUUCAAAGCCCCAUCAAUAACUCCAUCAUUCUUCCAUCUCAGAACUUCCAUUUGUAUGGUGCCAUAUACACAUGUAUGAUAUAUAGACAGAAUCUAUAAGAUAGAAAUCAUAAUAAGCAGAUAGGCGAUUAAUUGACAUUAAACCUUAAACUGUGUGAACAUUUUGAACAUAAUAACUAAUUGACAUAAUAUGUUUUAUAACCUUUGAAAUACUGCUUUGCAUUUUAUGUUUUUGGCAGUAGGAUGAGAAUAGAACUGGAAAGAGAGAAAAAAAAUCAACAGAAACACCUGUUUAUUGAUAAGCAAUUGACAAAAGUUUGGAGAUUAUAAUUACUGACAAAACAGGAAAUUUUUGAAUUACUGACAAAAGUUCGUGUUAAGAUUAUUACUGACAAGAGUUCAUGUUUGGAGAUUAUUACUGACAAAAGUUCCUGUUUGGAGAUUAUUACUGACAAAAGUUCCUGUUUGGAGAUUAUUACUGACAAAAGUUCCUGUUUGGAGAUUAUUACUGACAAAAGUUCGUGUUAAGAUUAUUACUGACAAAAGUUCCUGUUUGGAGAUUAUUACUGACAAAAGUUCCUGUUUGUGCGUAAUUUCCACUCCCACUAGAAAUGCAGCAUUUGAUUCACGUUCAGACAGAAGAAGCUAUUCAGAUGACAUGAUAAUUUACAGUAGACACAUCAUGUUUAAUUACAUGGCACAGUCAUAAUAUUUAUAAUUCCUCACCAGGUUAUUACCUCAUUUAAAAAUUAUCUUAUUUACAAAUAUUUUGUUUAGAUAAUCAAAUGGACUGUUAAGUGUUUAUUUAUAAAUUGUAACAUUUCUGAAACAUGUUGCAUGAAACAUGUCACUUAAAGAAAAAAAAGGUGGCCCUGUGUAAAAACCUCAAGAAGAAUUUGAGUUUUGAAUUCAUGUUGUGUUACAAGUUAGCAUUAUUUUGUACGGGUAGACAAACUUUCUCCUCAUAGGAAUUCAGGAUUUGCUGAUCAUCUUUAUUCCACGAUAUAGAAACCUAUUCAGUGUUACGGCUGCACAGCUGAAUUUCAUGACAGUUUUCAGAUAUUGGAUUAGUGUGAUAAAUUUAGAUAACAAAGAUUAUUAUUUAAAAGUGUGCCAAAACACCCAUAGCUCCUCUAUUACAAAAUAUAUACAAACUACAAAUUGUUAUUUUAUUAAAGACGUUGAGUUGUGCCAUUUUAAAAUAAAACAUAAAUAAUGACAUUGUUCUGAAGAGGCCUGUAAUUUGAUAUGUUGAUGUUUUAUGUAUUAUGUAGAAGUUUCUAUUUUUAAGUUUGAGAUAGCAGAGUUGUUGUUAGAUAUCCAGAAUAUCCUGACAAGCAGAGUUGUUGUUAGAUAUCCAGAAUAUCCUGACAUUAGGUUGUGCUGUAACCUACAGAUAAACAGUAUUGAGACACAUAUUGAAUGGUUACUGUUAUACACCAGAAUUUAUUUAUUGAUUGUUACAGCUAAUCGUGUAAUGUACUAUAUGGAGAUCAUUGUCGAUGUCACAUACCAAACCCAUCUACUACAACCUAACAUAGUAAGGUAUCUCAAUGUAAUUACUAACAACCGGCUGAUUCUCCCCCUCCCAAAUAGGACAGAAUUUACACUUUACCAGUAGCAUGGAUACGGUGGCACUUUGCUCUGUGUAUGGUUAAGGGGUGUGGAUUAUAAGUAUGAAAAUGGGGUGACAGCCUUGAUUGUAGGUAUAGGGUAGGGUGUUGUUGUUGAUAUGUAUUUCCUUCACAUUCCCUAUUACAGGUUGUUAAGUGAUGUUACAUUUACUUUAUACUUCUCUGAGUUGUUUCCUGAUCUUUCUCCAUUUUGGUAAGAACCAUAUCUGCAUUUGUCCCUGUGUCUGUUAGAGGUGGGGACUCUCGAGUUUGGUACAUUUGUCCCUAUAUCUGUUAGAGGUAGGGACUCUCGAGUUUGGUACAUUUGUCCCUGUGUCUGUUAGAGGUGGGGACUCUUGAGUUUGGUACAUUUGUCCCUGUGUCUGUUAGGGGUGGGGACUCUUGAGUUUGGUACAUUUGUCCCUGUGUCUGUUAGGGGUGGGGACUCUUGAGUUUGGUACAUUUGUCCCUGUAUCUGUUAGAGGUGGGGACUCUCGAGUUUGGUACAUUUGUCCAUGUGUCUGUUAGAGGUGGGGACUCUUGAGUUUGGUACAUUUGUCCCUGUGUCUGUUAGAGGUAGGGACUCUCGAGUUUGGUACAUUUGUCCCUGUGUCUGUUAGGGGUGGGGACUCUUGAGUUUGAUACAUUUGUCCCUAUAUCUGUUAGAGGUAGGGACUCUCGAGUUUGGUACAUUUGUCCAUGUGUGUGUUAGAGGUGGGGACUCUUGAGUUUGAUACAUUUGUCCCUGUGUCUGUUAGAGGUGGGGACUCUCGAGUUUGGUACAUUUGUCCCUGUAUCUGUUAGGUGUGGGGACUCUCGAGUUUGGUACAUUUGUCCCUGUGUCUGUUAGAGGUAGGGACUCUCGAGUUUGGUACAUUUGUCCCUGUAUCUGUUAGAGGUAGGGACUCUCGAGUUUGGUACAUUUGUCCCUGUGUCUGUUAGGGGUGGGGACUCUUGAGUUUGAUACAUUUGUCCCUGUGUCUGUUAGAGGUGGGGACUCUCGAGUUUGGUACAUUUGUCCCUGUAUCUGUUAGAGGUAGGGACUCUUGAGUUUGGUACAUUUGUCCCUGUGUCUGUUAGAGGUAGGGACUCUCAAGUUUGGUACAUUUGUCCCUGUAUCUGUUAGGGGUGGGGACUCUCGAGUUUGGUACAUUUGUCCCUGUGUCUGUUAGAGGUGGGGGACUCUUGAGUUUGGUACAUUUGUCCCUGUGUCUGUUAGAGGUAGGGACUCUUGAGUUUGGUACAUUUGUCCCUAUAUCUGUUAGAGGUAGGGACUCUUGAGUUUAGUACAUUUGUCCCUGUGUCUGUUAGAGGUAGGGACUCUCGAGUUUGGUACAUUUGUCCCUGUAUCUGUUAGGGGUGGGGACUCUCGAGUUUGGUACAUUUGUCCCUGUAUCUGUUAGAGGUGGGGACUCUUGAGUUUGGUACAUUUGUCCCUGUGUGUGUUAGGGGUGGGGACUCUUGAGUUUGGUACAUUUGUCCCUGUGUGUGUUAGAGGUGGGGACUCUCGAGUUUGGUACAUUUGUCACCGUUUCUGUUAGGGGUUGGGGCUCGACUUUGGUAAGACCUGUAUCUACAUUUGUCCCUGUGUCGAUCUGCAGUCAAAAUGAACUAUUCUUGAUUAAAGUGUUUUUGAACACUGUUACAUUGACUGCUCUACGUCCAGACAUGUCUAAGUAAUGUUUAAUUGUGUGUAAAUAUUCAUUUGUGUUAUUUUGUCAUUUAUCAUAGUUGUACGUUAUCAUUAUUUGUAAAAUAUUGAAUUUAUCAAAUAAAUUUUACAAGUAA